CGUGGCCACGGCCAUUUCACCCCGGAGCUAUACGACGGCCCGAACGGCCUGCCCUGCAACGUGACCAUCGCCGUCGCCGCCAUGCACUUGUCCGAGCCAUACACCAACUCCGAGACGAAGCCCGAGACCGAGCAAGACGAGUCGAGGCAGCAGCUGCCGCCACCUCCCACCACUCUGACAUUCGCCGGAACGCAGCGUGGCCACGGCCAUUUCACCCCGGAGCUAUACGACGGCCCGAACGGCCUGCCCUGCAACGUGUACAUCGCUGUCGCCGCCACGCACUUGUCCGAGCCAUACACCAACUCCGAGACGAAGCCCGAGACCGAGCAAGACGAGUCGAGGCAGCAGCUGCCGCCACCUCCCACCACUCUGACAUUCGCCGGAACGCAGCGUGGCCACGGCCAUUUCACCCCGGAGCUAUACGACGGCCCGAACGGCCUGCCCUGCAACGUGUACAUCGCUGUCGCCGCCACGCACUUGUCCGAGCCAUACACCAACUCCGAGACGAAGCCCGAGACCGAGCAAGACGAGUCGAGGCAGCAGCUGCCGCCACCUCCCACCACUCUGACAUUCGCCGGAACGCAGCGUGGCCACGGCCAUUUCACCCCGGAGCUAUACGACGGCCCGAACGGCCUGCCCUGCAACGUGUACAUCGCCGUCGCCGCCAUGCACUUGUCCGAAAUGACAGAGCUCGCCGAACCGCUCCCGGCCCUGACAUUCUAA